AUGAGUUUCCGUUAUAAAAGUUGGGUAUGGCAAUACGGCAAACGCCAAGGCGAUAAAGCUUUUUGUGACUUGUGUGACGAUAAUUCAAAUAAAGUGUUUUGCUGUGCUGGUGGAUCAACGGGAUCAUUCGGCAGACAUUUAAAACUGAUUCACAAUAUAAGCAGAAAUACUCAAAAUCCAAGGUAUGUAAUUAAUUCAAGUAAGGAUGAUUUAACAUGUGCCGCACAUACAUUACAACUUGCUGUCAAUAAUAGCCUAAAAUAUGAUAAAAUAGAUAACUUAAUUCAAUUAUGUAGUAAGAUUGUUUGUCAUUUUAAGCAUUCGAAUUUAGCUAGUCAGUAUUUAAAAGAUAAGCAAGACCAACUAGGUUUGCCAACAGAAAAAUUAAUUCAAAGCUGUAAAACCAGAUGGAACUCUAUAUAUAUGAUGCUUGAUCGACUUUAUAAAAAUAGGUGCCCGAUUUCAAAUGUUCUUGCUGAUCGUUCGUUGACUACAGCAGCAAUGGCACACAAAUUUGAAGUGACAGAGCACCAAUGGACAGAUGUAGAAACGUUAAUUAAAUUGCUUAAACCUCUACAAAUUAUGACCACGGUUUUUUGUGGCGAAAAAUAUUGCUCUAUUUCAAUGGUUAGGCCUCUCAUAAACGCAGUUAUAGAAAAGCAUUUAAAGCAUAAUGUAAGUGAUGAUGAAAUAACAGAACAUUUUAAAACUACUGUAAUUAGGGAACUAUCAGAUCGUUUUAAAUUAUUGUGGUGUCCUUCUAGUGUCGUGUCUGCUCGGCAAAUAGCGUCUUUCCUCGACCCACACCCAAGAUUCAAGGACUUAGAGCAUGAAACGGUUGAUGCAAGAGAAAACAUUCGGACACGGGUUAAACAUUUGAUAAAAGAAAUAGCUGAAAUUAAUUGCGAUGUACAAAUUGAAACACCUGUCACUAAACAUCACGGUGCUCUUGAAUUUCUGUUCGGUGAUGAAGUAAAUUGUAAUACAGCUGAUUAUGACAUUCAGUAUCAACAUUACUUGGCAGAACCACAGUUAAAAUUUGAUUUUGAUGCACUAGAAUGGUGGAAGACGCGUGCAUCAAAAUAUCCACUGAUUGUUGCUCUGGCAACGAAAUAUUUAGGGAUACCAGCAACGUCAGUUAGUUCUGAAAGAUGUUUCUCAACCGCUGGAAACAUAGUGACGGCCAAGAGAAGUUGUUUGGCGCCCGAGACCGUAAACAUGCUGAUUUUUCUUCACCAGAACAAACAAUUAUUAUAA